ACGCAGAGUCCCGCGCCUUUACUCAAGGGAGACAAAAACUACAACUCCCAGGGCCGCCCGGUGGCAGCAGGUGGGAGCGGGGCUGUUGAUAUCAAUAUGGCGGUUGUCAGCCAGACAAAGACAGUCAGUCUGAUGUGAUUGAGACAAGGGAGGUUUUUCAGGGGGAGACUGGGAGAUAGGGGCCUCCCCUCCCCCUUCUCCUCUUCCUGCGCCGGCCUCAACCCCUCCCCAGACCCCUCCCGACGGGCGCCCCACGCGGAAGACACCCCUCCCCCUCCCGCUUUCCCCUCCUCCCUACCUCAGACCUCAGCCCUUCGUACCGGGACGUUGGGGAGGGGGCUGUGCCGGGCGGAGAGAACUCAGCAAGCUUUCUGAGAAUGAUAAAUAACGCUGAUCAUCUCUAGCAAAGAUAUUGAUUCACCUCAUGUAAAGUAUGCUCAGUUCCUUUCCAGUGGUUUUGCUGGAAACCAUGUCUCACUAUACAGAUGAACCCAGAUUUACCAUAGAGCAGAUAGAUCUGCUCCAGCGCCUCCGGCGUACUGGAAUGACUAAACAUGAAAUUCUCCAUGCCUUGGAAACUCUGGACCGCCUUGAUCAAGAGCAUAGCGACAAGUUUGGAAGAAGGUCCAGCUAUGGAGGAAGUUCGUAUGGGAAUAGUACCAACAAUGUUCCAGCUUCUUCCUCUACAGCUACAGCUUCCACGCAGACCCAGCAUUCGGGCAUGUCCCCGUCACCUAGCAAUAGUUACGACACCUCCCCACAGCCUUGUACUACCAAUCAGAACGGGAGGGAGAAUAACGAGCGAUUAUCCACGUCCAAUGGGAAGAUGUCACCAACUCGCUACCAUGCCAACAGCAUGGGUCAGAGGUCAUACAGUUUUGAAGCCUCAGAAGAGGACCUAGAUGUAGAUGAUAAAGUGGAGGAAUUAAUGAGGAGGGACAGCAGUGUGAUAAAAGAGGAAAUCAAAGCCUUUCUUGCCAAUCGGAGGAUUUCCCAAGCAGUUGUUGCACAGGUAACAGGUAUCAGCCAGAGCCGGAUCUCUCACUGGUUAUUGCAGCAGGGAUCAGACCUGAGUGAACAGAAGAAAAGAGCAUUUUACCGAUGGUAUCAACUUGAAAAGACAAACCCUGGGGCUACGCUAAGUAUGAGACCAGCACCCAUUCCAAUAGAGGACCCGGAGUGGAGACAAACGCCUCCCCCAGUCUCAGCCACGUCUGGCACCUUCCGACUACGGCGAGGCAGUCGAUUUACCUGGAGAAAGGAGUGUCUGGCCGUCAUGGAAAGUUACUUCAAUGAGAAUCAAUACCCAGAUGAAGCAAAGAGAGAAGAAAUUGCAAAUGCUUGCAACGCAGUGAUCCAGAAGCCAGGCAAAAAACUGUCAGAUCUGGAACGAGUUACCUCCCUGAAAGUAUAUAAUUGGUUUGCUAACAGGCGGAAGGAGAUCAAGAGACGAGCCAAUAUCGAAGCAGCAAUCCUGGAGAGUCAUGGGAUAGAUGUACAGAGUCCGGGAGGCCACUCCAACAGUGAUGACGUGGACGGGAAUGACUACUCGGAGCAGGAUACUUGGCAAGUACGCAAUGGGGAGGAGGAGGAGGGAAGAAGUUCAGAGGGAGGCAGAGAAGCAGAGAAGGAUGACAGCACUAGCCAUAGUGACCACCAAGACCCCAUCUCGUUAGCUGUGGAAAUGGCAGCAGUCAACCACACUAUCUUGGCACUGGCCCGACAAGGAGCCAACGAAAUCAAGACAGAGGCCCUGGAUGACGACUGAUGAGGGAGGGCUGAACGCGAGAAGUUAACUUAGUUUAGACGUAGCACCUUAGCAGACUUUCCUCGGUCCUUAACAUGUGUUCUUACAGUAUAACUUGCAGUUUCUUGUAUGUCAGUUAGCCCUUAGGGUCUUGUUCUGUGAAGAUGGCAUGGUGCCCUCAGCCUUUGCAUAUACUCUCUCAGUAUUAAUUCCCAGUAACUAAUAACCAACCAACCAACCAACCAAACUUCCCUCUCCCAGCCCCCGAGGCUAGAAAAUCUUGCUGCUCUGUCUUAGCAUUCCAAGAAAGUGCUUCCAGGUAUUUAGCUAGCCCUCAGUUCUCAAAUAGUAGGCUCCGUGUAAAACCUUGGGUACCUUUAGAUUCCUGUAACACUAGUCUCUACCCCUCUUCCUUCCCCAAGACUGGUAGGAUGCAAGCUGAGGUAGUGUGGCCAGGAUUGACAGACACCAUUUGGGGAGUGUCCGCAGAGUAAAAGGAACACUAGAACCCCCACCUCCACGUGGGAAUAAUUGAUUUCCAGCUGCAAUAAGCCGUGCCUCAUAAUAGUCACACUGUGGCUAGAUUAUACUUCUUUGGGUGCUGUGCUAAGAAUGUCAGUGGAAAAACUCGAUCUCAGAUUUCAGUUGAUGUUAAGAUGCCUGACACAGACAUCCUUUCCUCUCACAAGCUGUGUGACUGAGUAGAUAAAAUACUGCCUUCUGCCUUUGGGACCAUGAUUAAACAGAAAAAUGACAAAAAAAAAAAGUUAAAAAACCCACAAAACCCAGCUUGAGAGCAUUGGGAAAAACCAUGAGCCGAAUGUGUAAUAACGGUGGAUGUUGUUAGAACCACUGUACAGUACGUGGCGCAGGUGCGUGCCCACCUGGAAAGGAGCCGGAAGUCAUCGUGGAAGUGGCUCUGCCUCCUGUCUGUGUCCCCUUUCCUUGCUACCAAAAAAACAGAAAGGUGAUUCGAGGAUGGAACUAAGGCCAAGAGUGAGUGAACGAACUUCCAGUCCCUGUAGCCAUUAAACUGAAGCCCCCUCAACGUGAGAGGUUGGUAGAGGACUCUGUAGUGGGAUUAUGCCUGCUGACUGUCACAAGCGCAAGAGCUUUCCUAAAUAGGAGCAGAAAAAAGCAGGGGACGUUUGCCACUUCCGUGGCGGGUCUGCGAGAUGUGACUUGCUUUGGUGUUCUCUUUACUCUGUCCUUGUGGAGGUGUGAAAAGCUAUAUUGCUACAGGCAAUUUAUUUAAUAAUUGGAAGCCAUAUUGAUAAUGGAUGUGGUAAUAUUUGUAAAGUUUAAUCUACUUUAAACGGCAGUAACUAAUGGAAUUUUUUUCCUUGAUCACAUAUGUAGCACUUUUGUUACUUUUUAAAGAUAUUUAUAUUUGAUAAAUCUUUUUUUCAUUUUGAGAACUCAAAAUACCAAACAGUGAACUUGCGUUAGAAAAGUCACCCUGUGAUCACCUUGUCAUCCAGUAGCGAAAUGAUGAACUACUCAUGCAUCCAAGAAUAUUACAUCUGCUGGCCUCGUAUGAAAAUGAUCUCUUGGCAUCCUGAUUAAAGGACACAGUGUCACGGUGCGUAAGAGGAGCAGCCUCCAGUGUAGGGUGCGUCUGAAAGAGGCACGACCGCUCUGUAUUUCCUGCCUCGCUCCACCUCUCUGCGUACGACAAAACGUUGUUUAAAGGGGAAUAUGGAGAGGGCUGGCUCUUAAGCAAGCUUUCGUCUGUUUGUCCAUUACCUGAAAAUGAUUUCUAAGAUUGAAGGAGGGGGCUAUUUCCUGACCUCUUCACCCUUCCUCACCCACCAAAUGUUUUCAACUUCAAACCAUUGAGAGAGAGAGAAUGACUGGCCUUCCUGUUUUCCCUUCCUCAUCAGUGAGAUUCUGAAUAUCCGCCAGCUUCUAGCUGGUCUUGCUCCACCUAAGGCACCUGCUGAGGCGCUCGCCUCCGCCUCUGUCCAUCCUGCUUACAUGAGUGUGAGGAGGCCUUUCGGAGGCAUGGAGGUGCUGCCUCUGUGGGUCCAUGACGUUACAGAGCUACAGGCAGGACCUGCUCUUGUCCUAGGAUUUCAGGGGGAAAAUGUAUAUAUUUUUUUCCAGCUUCCCAGAAUUGAAGUAAAAUGGAGUAGGCUUUUUCUGUUUCACUGUAUUACUUGAACCAACAAAUUCAAGAGUAGCAUUUGUUGUUCUCAGGAAUGACCCGCCCUCCCCCCCAUUCAUCUUCUUUCUUGGUGUGUUUGACUUUUUAUUGCAAUUAGACUGUGUUAGCUUUCUUUCCUUUGAUAUUAUUUAGAAAAAAUAUAACGUAUCUAUUGUUCCUGGAAUUUUUGUCUACUUACUUUCAGCUAAAUCAGAAAGAAAAGGAGAGAGAAAAAUAUACUGUCUGACAAGCUGCAUCCAUGAUUUAUUGUAAGGAGAUUAUUAUAAUUGAUAGCUUCUUUAUGAUGGGAUUGCUAGUAUCAUCUGUUCUUGCUGGUUCCUUUUAAAGAAACAGACUCAAACUAUAAAGGCAGCUGCAGUUUCUAAAGAAACAGAGUGAUUGCCAGAGAAGAGCCAGAAGGUUUCAAUGUUUUAAGACCUUUCAGGAAGGACAAAAAGCUUCAGAGAGUAAAGGUGAGUACCUGUGAAGGCAUUACCAGGUGCUACCAGAGAUCUGGAAAAAGUGAAAGAACGAGUUUGCCAGGCAGGGCAGCAGCGCCUUGGGUUCAGUAGGAGCCAGAGGAAGGAGCCUUCACCGCUUUCAUUAAAGACAGCUGCCGGUCUGCUCUGCCUGCCACUGCCUUGUGUUGGACUUUGGCUUUCUCACCAAGAGUGAAAAUUUAGUUCUUUGGGUCUUCAGUUUAAAUCUUCUGUAGGUUUUUUGUCAUCAGGUUUAACUCCGCUGUCUUCUCCAGGCUACCUUAGUUCUUGCCAUGGCAUGUGGAGUUGGCCACUAAUGAGUCAUAUCUUUGGGGAGUAAAUUUUUUUCUUCAGCUUUUUCAGGUUUAAGGGGUGGUAUUAAAAUAGGAACCCUAAGUUGCUCUCUGAAGGGAAGAUAGACUCUUUAAAAAAAAUCCCACUGUAUGCUUUUUGGUUUUUCUGUCCUCUUUUCUCACUUCCUGCUGUACAUUUUUCAGGCCCCAGAGGACUGUUUCAGGGGCUGCUGCUUCCCAGGUGAGGAACCCUUGCAAGCAGUUCCAGGUAACUUAUUUUGUUUAAGACACUUUCAUUGAAUUACUGCAGUCACAUGGGUAAACUUCCUCCGCUUCUUAAAACAGAUCUGUACAGAGGGACCUUUUAAAGAUGGACCAUCCUAAUGCCAUUUUUGCAUUAAAUGAGAACCUUAACACCAGAUGAAGGCCAGUCGGUACCAAGUAAACAGUGUGGUUUAUUUCAGAAGAGUUUGUAAGGUUGGAGUAAAGCUUAAGGCAGUUUUCUUCAUAAUCUCGGCCCUUUGAGUGUUAAGAGGAGUGUGGUUAGCGUCUCCCACCUUUCGGGUCUGUACAGUUCCCACGCUCCGGCCUUUGGCAGGGUUGGGUCUUCCCCCACAUCCCCAUUGUCCUUCACAGGAAGACAGAGCCUCAAACAGGAAGACCACUUAAGUCUAGUCCAGGAGAUGGGAGGGUCCACACCCAGGCCUAUAGGGUUGCAGCAGCUCCUCUGUCCAGAUGUCCAGGUAUAUCUUUACCUCAAAAGGGACAGCUCAUGAAGAGCUGGUGACAGAGUUGCUUCAGUUCUCCCUACUUGGCCUUUGUGCAAACUUCCCUCUUGGAUUUCAGCUUCCCGGUGUGAGGAAACCGUCUUGCGUCUCAUCAGGAAUCUACAGGCACCUCCUUUCUGUCUGUGGCUAACUCCUCUUCUCUGUGGGCUCCAGACCAAGGCCUCCUCUUGAGCUGACUUCCGGCUGGAAUUUUCUCAUGUUCUGCAGCAGGCAGAGUAGGGGGUGUGGUCCAUCUUGUCACACAAACACUCCUUCCUGUCUUGCAGCCCUGCUUUUUGACUAGCUACUUAUUCCAGUGACCAGCCAUUCUCUCUGCCCACCCAGUGGGAAUAAUCCCUUUUUUCAUAAAUGAGCCCCUGCCCCCGUCCUAAAAAAUGUGAAUAUCAAGUCCUUCUCUCUCUUUGGUCUUAAGAACAGUUUGGGUAGAAGCAGUCUUCCCAUGCAACUAUGGCUCUGCCUUUUAAAAUUGCUUUUUCUCUUUUUGUUGUUGUCAGAGAACCACCAGAGGAUUUUUUUUUCCCCAGUGAGUCUCAACAGAUUCUUAGGCAAUAAGUUCUCUUAUUAAUGACUUUGUGCACAGUCGCACGCGCUCUGCAUUGAGUAGCCUGACCCUCUACUUGUGCGUUGGUUUUCUGUGCUAACCUGUCUGUGAUUUAAAUCUUACGUCAGAGUGGUGAUAGAGUUUGUCAUUUUGUUGUUGUGAUCACAUUAGUGUUUUACUACUGUAUUCACUGGGGCUGCGUUAACCAGCCAAAUCCAUUUAUAGCUUUACUGAGCCGCAUUUGUUGUCAGGAUUUCCCAAGCGCACGCUGGGCGCGCUGACCAGCUCCUGCUGGUGGUGUCUGUGUGGGGUGGGGGAGGAGUUACAGAAGACAUUCCUUUUUGUGUGUUCACUCAGGAUUUGGGGAUCAGUUGUUGGCAGACUGAGCCGUGUGCUCUGGAAACGCUCCUCUGUUUCUUGAUCUCCACACUGUCUAGUUGACCAUUACCCGCUCAUACCUAAGUUACCCAGUUGAGAGGUAUUACACCACACCAAAAGCAGAAGGCUUUACCUGAGAGGCAGCUGUGAGUGCCCGGGCUCCCCUGAGGGAAAGUCUCCCAGAGCUGAGGGGACUGUGAGGGCCCUUCCUCUUCCAGUCCUGCAGGCUCCUUCACUAUGUGCUCAUCACUUAAGAGGGAUAAGGAAAUCUUUUCUGUAAAGAGAAACCGUGAACCCACUGUGCUCAGAUGGUGGGAAAGGCUUUCUAAACACAUCCAGCCCACAAGCCCAUCUUCCCCCACAGAAACCCCCUCACAAACCGGUCAUACAAGAGGCUCUUCUUCAUGCUCACUAGCUGUCCGUGCCAGCUGCUCAUCUUGCCGUCUCAGAGGCGGACUCGCUACACGCUUAUAAAUUGAGAACUUUCCGUAUCAGCUGCAUUCUUCCUCCUUAGUGGGGAGGGAAAACAGCAGCAGAAGGAAAGCUAACAAGCUGAGAGAUCUAGUUUUCUAUAACAGUGCUUUUCUAAUCAAGAGGGGAAUAAAUGUAGGCGAGAAGAGAGGGAAAAUCUGGCUGCACCUGAGGAUGCGGCAGGCGCCCUGGGAGUACAGGUAUAUCCGUCCUCAACUUAGUGCUCGUUCCCAUAACACCUCAGGCCAAGCAGCAAGCAGAACUAAAUCUAGUUCAUUCCAUUCAAGUGAACUCUAACUAGCAUUUUUAUACCCCCAACAGUUUACCACCCACAUUUCACACCCAUUAACUGAUUAGCCAGCUCCCAACACGAGGAAAAGGACACUUUGGCAGGGGCCUCUGCCUUUCUCUCCUGACAUCCCGUUUACUUGGAAAGUUCUGGGAGCCAUCUGCCCCCGUCUGGACGGCAGCGUUGUGCCCACCAGUGGGCGUGGGGGCAGCAGUGGGAUGGGGACCAUUGCCUCGCGCCAGCCCGCGCACACAGCUCGCCUGGCGCUUCAGACACGUCGGGACGCUGGCUCCCUUGACUCUGUUCUCAUUUUUCUCUCUUAAAUAAAAAUGGCUCUCUACAGCCAUAAUUAACUCUCAAA